CAGUUGAUCUUACAUAGGCUAUCUAACAGCAUUAAGUAGUUGUCUUCAGUUCCAUCAAGUGUUAAUCUACCAUACAUGGUUGUUUGAAGGAUAAUGAGGUCACUUUAGGGCCGACGUUAUUCAGGUCAUUUGGGAGGAGGCUUUGUGAGGAAAUGCUAAUGCCAAGGUCUGAAAGAAAACUGAGAAGUUGCACUAAAAAAGGAGGCUUCUCUCCAGUUCUCUGUCUCGCAGGCUUGAUUAACAAACUGUUUUUCUCAACAGUCAUGAUGCAGCUUUAUAGAGCUCUGAUCCUGUUUAUGACUCUCUCUACAGUAUGUGGAUUAAGGUGCUACACAUGCACAGUCGCCGACCCUAAAUCCUGCACAGACACCAAAUCUUGUCCUGUCAUCUUCAACCGUUGUUUCUCUCUCAAAGUAGACGGUUUCAACAUGGUUACCAAGGGCUGCCAAACCAGUCUAGCAUGUGUAGGUGCCGUGGCUUGCUGUGAAGGGGACUUGUGUAACAGUGCCGUGCCAACUGGUCCCAGUGUCAUCCUCCUGCUGGUAGCCUCAGUCAUCAUCACACUCUUUCUCUGAGGCUCUGGAACAGCUACGGCUCAGAAUAUUAUGUUAUUUCUAUGCUGCACUUUUUCUGACUGAAUUUGUACAACUUUAAGAAUAAACAACAUUUCAAUAUUGAAA